AUGGAGCGCAAGACGAUUGAUUUGGAUCAAGGAUGGGACUAUAUGCAGACUGGUAUCACUAAGCUGAAACGGAUUCUUGAAGGUCUGCCUGAGCCGCAGUUCGACUCUGAGCAGUACAUGAUGCUUUAUACGACUAUCUACAACAUGUGCACUCAGAAACCUCCCCAUGAUUACUCACAGCAGCUUUAUGACAAGUAUCGUGAAGCAUUUGAGGAGUAUAUUAACUCAACUGUUUUGCCUGCACUAAGGGAGAAGCAUGAUGAGUACAUGCUGCGGGAGCUGGUUAAGAGAUGGUCUAACCAUAAAAUUAUGGUUCGAUGGCUAUCCCGCUUCUUCUACUAUCUUGACCGUUACUUCAUUGCUCGGAGAUCACUUCCACCCCUUAAUGACGUUGGCCUAACAUGCUUCCGUGACCUGGUUUAUAAGGAGUUACAUUCCAAGGUCAAAGAUGCUGUUAUAGCACUUGUUGAUAAAGAACGGGAAGGCGAGCAGAUUGAUAGAGCUUUACUGAAAAACGUAUUAGACAUUUAUGUGGAGAUUGGAAUGGGACAGAUGGAAAGAUACGAAGAAGAUUUUGAAAGCUUCAUGCUUUUGGAUUCAGCAUCUUACUAUUCUCGCAAAGCAUCAAGCUGGAUCCAAGAAGAUUCUUGCCCUGAUUACAUGCUGAAGUCUGAAGAAUGUCUUAAGAAGGAGAGAGAGAGAGUGGCUCACUAUCUUCACUCAAGCAGUGAGCCAAAGCUGGUUGAGAAAGUACAACAUGAGCUGUUGGUAGUGUAUGCAAAUCAGCUUCUAGAAAAAGAGCACUCAGGGUGCCGUGCAUUGCUUAGAGAUGACAAGGUUGAUGAUCUCUCCAGGAUGUACAGGCUUUAUCAUAAAAUUGUGAAAGGUUUGGAACCUGUUGCAAACAUAUUUAAGCAGCAUGUCACAGCAGAGGGUAACGCACUUGUCCAACAGGCCGAAGACACUGCCACUAAUCAUGCUGCAAAUACUGCUAGCGUGCAGGAACAGGUUCUUAUCAGAAAAGUGAUUGAACUACAUGAUAAGUACAUGGUUUAUGUCGUUGAGUGUUUCCAGAACCACACCCUCUUCCACAAGGCAUUGAAAGAGGCAUUUGAGAUAUUCUGUAACAAAACAGUCGCUGGAAGUUCUAGUGCUGAAUUGCUUGCAACAUUUUGUGACAAUAUUCUCAAGAAGGGGGGAAGUGAAAAGCUGAGCGAUGAAGCUAUUGAAGAUACCCUUGAGAAGGUGGUCAAAUUGCUUGCUUAUAUAAGUGACAAGGAUCUUUUCGCCGAGUUCUACAGGAAGAAGCUGGCCCGUAGGCUCUUAUUUGAUCGCAGUGCUAAUGAUGAUCAUGAGAGAAGUAUCCUGACAAAGCUCAAGCAACAAUGUGGUGGGCAGUUUACUUCCAAGAUGGAGGGCAUGGUGACAGAUUUGACAUUGGCAAGAGAAAACCAAAACAACUUUGAGGAGUAUCUUGGUAAUAACCCCGCUGCAAACCCAGGGAUUGAUUUGACCGUCACUGUUCUUACCACUGGUUUUUGGCCAAGUUACAAAUCAUUUGACAUCAAUCUACCCGCUGAAAUGGUCAAGUGUGUUGAAGUCUUCAAAGUGUUUUAUGAAACAAAGACGAAACAUAGGAAACUUACCUGGAUCUAUUCUCUAGGAACUUGUCACCUCAACGGGAAGUUUGAUCACAAGCCCAUUGAGUUAGUUGUGUCUACGUACCAGGCUGCUGUGCUUUUGCUGUUCAACACAACAGACAAAUUGAGCUACACUGAUAUCCUAACGCAACUGAACCUAAGCCAUGAAGAUCUAGUGAGGUUGCUUCAUUCCUUGUCAUGUGCUAAGUACAAGAUUCUUCUCAAGGAGCCAAGCACAAAGACUGUUUCGCAGGCUGAUUCUUUUGAAUUCAACUCCAAAUUCACCGAUAGAAUGAGGAGGAUAAAGAUCCCUCUCCCACCUGUUGACGAGAGGAAGAAAGUUGUGGAAGACGUGGACAAAGACAGGCGCUAUGCGAUUGAUGCUGCCAUUGUGAGGAUCAUGAAGAGCAGGAAAGUAUUGGGACAUCAACAACUUGUUUCUGAGUGCGUUGAACAACUUAGCCGAAUGUUCAAGCCUGAUAUCAAAGCGAUCAAGAAGCGCAUGGAGGAUCUAAUAACAAGGGAUUAUUUGGAGAGGGACAAGGAGAACCCUAACAUGUUUAGGUACUUGGCUUAGGGGUAAAACGUCUAUGGAGGUUGGCUGGGGGUUAAUGAGUCGAAGCAUUUACUAUGCUUUUUUCUACUUGUACAUUAUGAGAAUCCCAUUUGCUACCCUGAAAAACUAUUUUUAUGGCUUUGGUUUUUUUUUUUUCAUUGGGAUGCAAAUUACCUUCUGGGGGUUGUUUCUUGGAUAUGGAUGGAGAUUGCAUAAUGAAUUG